GCGGCUGUCGGAUGGUGGUGGUGGGGGGUGUCUGUCCUCACUGGAUCAAUUUUAUCCGCGCGUUUCUACUGAAGUACCAGUGGGAGGAGAGUUUCCAGCAAGUGAGGAUACCACCCCCCACCCCCCAUGUCCAAGGGAACAGCGUAAGUAUAAAUACCCCGGAUGAAUCCAGGCUGCAGCUGUGCUGGAGAGAAUCAGAACGGACGGAAGAUAAACGGGUCUUCAACCCAGACUGGCGUCGCGGCACCGGAAGUUGCUUUUUUAUUUAGCCGAAUAAGCUUCACAGGGAUCCAGUCUAUCAGUCGUUCUUUAUGGUACUAGUCGGUUUUAGGUGCAGGAUGCAGGAUCCGUGUGUGGGUCUCCUCCUCUGUUUUCUCAGCACAGCACUUGUCGCCUCGUUUGAAUCGGAGGAUGUUGUUCCCAUUCGGAUUAACGGGAAAAUUAACCGCCGCUUUUGGAAAAGAAGCGAGGAGCACCCGAGCUUCAGCCUCAGAGCGUUUGGCAAAGACAUGACUCUCAACCUCAUACCAGACACCAGCUUCAUGGCGCAUUCCUUCACCGUGGAGCGCAUCACAGCCAAAGAUGGAGGCGCUUUGCGCAGCGGCUCAGGUGCUCAGGCUGCCGCGCGCUCGGACCUCCGGAGCUUUAUGAACCAAACUCAGGAGAGGGAAGGACACCUGAGGAGCUGCUUCUACUCCGGGAACGUAGAUCAAGAUGAGAACUCGCUGGUGGCUCUCAGCUUGUGCUCGGGCCUCUUUGGCUCGUUCAUCACCGAGGGGAGAGAAUAUUUCAUUGAACCCAAAUUCCGUGACGGUCAGGGUUCGGAUUCUACCGAGCAGCUGCAUGUCAUCAACAGGAGGACACUAGCUAAGAGCCUCGGAAUUCCUCUCCGGUAUGGAGAUUCUCAGGAGGAGAGACGCACGGGGGUGCGCGGGACGGAAACUUUUACGCACAGCGACAGUGACGCACAGAGGGAACCUCGCCGAAGACGCUUCGUUUCCGCGCCACGCUUCAUAGAAACCCUGGCCGUAGCGGACGCAACCAUGACCCACUUCCAUGGAGAUGAAGUAAAGCAUUAUAUUCUCACCCUCCUGUCCAUGGCUGCUCAACUGUACAAACACCCCAGCAUUAAGAACUCUGUCAACAUGGUGGUGGUGAAAAUCUUGGUCGUGGAGGAUGAGGAGGUUGGACCGCAGGUCUCCAGCAACGGAGGUGUGGCUCUUCGAAAUUUCUGCUCUUGGCAGCAGCUUUUCAAUCCACCGAGCCAGAGGCAUCCAGAGCACUAUGACACUGCCCUGCUGUUCACUAGAGAGGACAUCUGCGGGCAGAAAAGCUGUGACACACUGGGUGUGGCUGAUGUUGGGACAAUGUGUGAUCCCAAAAGAAGCUGCUCAGUCAUUGAGGACAACGGUCUGCAAACUGCUUUCACGGCUGCUCAUGAGCUUGGGCAUGUGUUGAGUAUGCCUCAUGAUGACUCAAAGACAUGUGAGAAGUUGUUUGGGGAUCUAGGAGAACACCACCUGAUGGCUCCUCUCUUUGUUAGCUUCAACAAAACUGCCCCCUGGUCUCCCUGCAGCGCUCUCCACAUCACAGAGUUCUUCGACAAUGGGCAUGGGGACUGUCUGCUCGAUGUCCCAGAGGACACCAUGUCUAUGCCGAAUGAACUGCCAGGCAUCAAGUAUAGUCUGGACCAACAAUGCCAACAGAUCUUUGGAGAGGAGUUUAUGCACUGCCCUAACAUAUCGGACAGUGAUAUCUGCAGCCAGCUGUGGUGUCGAGAGGACGGCAUGCCACAGUGCUCCACCAAGAAUGGCAGCUUGCCUUGGGCUGAUGGCUCCCCCUGCAGCCACAACGGGACUUGCCUCAAUGGAGAAUGCAGGUUGUCUGAAGAGAUGUUGCAGCCGCUGAUGGCUGUGGAUGGUGGUUGGAGCUCAUGGGGGCCUUGGCAGCAGUGCUCCAGGACCUGUGGAGGUGGAGUGGAGUUCUCCUACAGGGAGUGCACCAAUCCAGUGCCUCAGAACGAAGGGAUGUACUGUGAGGGGCAGAGGGUUCGGUACCAGUCCUGCAACAUCCAGCUGUGUGACAACAGCAAUGGUAAAAGUUUCAGAGAAGAGCAGUGUGACAAAUACAACAGCCUGAUCUACUUGGACCACAAUGGGAACGUCAAACAGUGGAUACCAAAAUAUGCUGGUGUUUCCCCCAGAGACAGGUGUAAACUCUUCUGCAGGGCCAGGGGCAGCAGUGAGUUUAAAGUGUUUGAAUCUAAGGUGAUUGACGGGACAACCUGUGGGCCUGACACCACAUCGGUUUGUGUUCAAGGCCAGUGUGUAAAAGCAGGCUGUGACCAGGUGAUUGGAUCCAGCAAGAGGGUGGAUAAGUGUGGAGUGUGUGGAGGAAAUGGACUUAGCUGCAUAAAGGUCACAGGAUCCUACAACAAAGCAUUCUAUGGAUACAGUGACAUUGUCACAAUUCCCAUUGGUGCCACUAAUAUUGACAUCAAACAGCGUAGCCACAGAGGAAUCAGACAUGAUGGGAACUACCUGGCUGUGAAAAGAGAGAGUGGCACCUAUAUCCUUAAUGGUAACUUCUCUGUGUCUACGGUGGAGCAGGACAUCCCAGUUCUAGGUGCAGUACUAAAGUACAGCGGCUCUUCUACCACAUUAGAAAGGAUCCAGAGCUUCAGGCAACUGAAGGAGACCAUCACCAUUCAACUUCUGACCACAGGAAGAGUGGACAACCUUCCCAAAAUCAAGUACACCUUUUUCAUCCCGAAGGAUGUGAUGUCUAAUAAUUCAAAAGAGAAAACGGCCUCAGACAUGUCUUUGCAGAUGAUAAAUAGUGUUUCUGAAUGGGUGCUAGGGGAGUGGUCUGAGUGCUCCAAGAGCUGCGGCUCUGGAUGGUCCAGAAGGAGCAUUGAAUGCAGAGAUGGCGAAGGCUUCCUUUCUUGCCAGUGUGACAAAACAAAAAAGCCCACAGACAUCAGGCCUUGUGGGGAUUUGCCAUGUCCCAUAUGGCAGAUGGGACCUUGGUCUGCCUGCUCACGAACUUGUGGCCAAGGGGAACGCCACCGUAGCGUCUUCUGCAUAGACUACACUGGCAAGACUGUUGAGCCAGAGAUGUGUGAUUCAAACAAAAUCCCAGAACCAGUUUCUGGGGAUUGUAACAAUCAUGACUGCUUAUGAAGAACGAUAUAACUGUAAACUCUGCCUUUGGUCUAAUUGCACGUCCCAGUCAAGGAUAGAAUACUGUAUGGGUGUGCCAGGUUCAGGGAUGGAGGCACAAACAACUGCAAAAACCAGACAAAGUAAAUACAAAGAAACCACACUCACAAAAACUUGCAAAUCAUCCAUCCAUCCAUUUUCUGAACCCGCUUGCCCAUGUAGGGUUGCAGGGGGGCUGGUGCCUAUCUCCAGCGGUCAAUGGGCAAUCAGGUGGGGUACACCCUGGACAGAGAGCCAGUCCAUUGCAGGCCACUUGCAAAUCAACCAAGAAUUUUUUUUAAAAAAGUGCCUAAAAAGAAACACAGAAAUGCCUCAAAAGAACAAACUGUUCUGAAAUGACAAAGAACUACAACUAUCUGAAUUUGACCCAGUUGUGCCUCCAUAUUUCUAAACGUUCAUGUUGACCUGCAAAAUGCCAUUCAAAAUAUGCUGGUGGCUCUAAGUGGGAGGGAUAAAGGAACUAAUGGAUCCCUGUGUCCUUGGGCCCAUUUUUUUAUCUGUCCAAGUCCGCAGCAAAUCACUUCACAGACUUUUACCUGACUAUUGUUUUGCUUUUACUGAUCUUAGGUAACCACUAGAGAAAUCAGAAACUAUUGAAAUCUACCUCACUGUGUACAUGUGAUGCUACGUAUGGAUUCUGGUUAAGAUGUGGUGUUUACUUUUUCUAGUAUGAAAAGUAUUUUUGACCUACUUAAAAAAGAACUGACUUUUUGGAGGCAAUUAGGGAUGAUCUACACUUAGUCUUCCAGAGUUAGGCGACACUUGGAGUAGGCCUAGAAUGUUGACAUGAAACCUGCUGUCAAACACCAGCUCAGUGUACAUUUAUACCUCUGACUGUGCUCCACACAACUCAAUAUCCUGUAAAGCUCUGAUUGAGCUGUUUACCCAACCUAAAACCGAGGCCUCUAGGAAAUGUGCUCAUGUGAUUGCUUCUCUUUUCUUCUCACGUACAGAUCAGUUGUGUUCAGUAUUUAUUGCUUUUGUUCUAUAAUUAGGAUUGUUGAGCUAUAGUAUAUACUUUAUACUAUAUGCAGUUUGGUGCAUUUGGGACAAACACAGGUACAAAUAACUGUCAUAGCAAGAAAUGUUUCUCUAGAAGUGUUUUUGUCUGCACAAGACUGAGUGAUUGCAAAUGAAUAGAAGCUUUAUUUGUUAUAAUUUCCAAACAUAUUUAAUAAGUAAAUACAUUCUAAGCUAACACCAUUUUUUUUCAAACACCUGUAUGUAUAUUUGAUUCCUUUAAGCCUUUUGUUAACUUACAGUAUAAUAUAAUAUAAAAAGAGAUGGGUCAUUGGGUUGAUAUCCCUUCAGUGAAGGAUCAAGCUAUUUUAUUAUUGCAGCUUUUUCAGCUAUUUAUUUUUUAAGUUUUUACCUUGAAUAUGUCAUAACAUGCUGUUUCUGUUUUGUUGUGUGUAAAAUGGCCAAAUAAACACAUUUAUGUAA